AUGGUCGGACCCUUCAUGCAGGGUGUGCUUCUCAUGGGCAUUAUCUAUUGGUACACCAAGGGUAUGCUCUCGUUGAUCAACGAUUACUAUCGCAGCGAAAUUCAACGUAAAAUGCAAAUUGACGAACCGUUGAAUGAAACGAGCGAUUUCAUUUAUGUCGAUCAAAUAGUCGAACAUCAUUUGGCGAAGCUGAACGAGGGGGAGCAACAACAAACAGUUGGGGAAAUAACAGAAGAGUUGGAAAUCAAUGUUAGUAAUGAAGUAGAAAUGGAAAAACAAAUAAUUUAUUAUGAAGACGUGGAUACAAGACAUGUCUGCAGACGUGCGCAACGUCUGGAAGAGUUCUUUAGAUUAGUGAAAGUAACAAAAAAUAUUUGUUGGUUAAAUGAGACGAUAUGGGCGACGAAGAUAUGAGGUUACCACAAUAUGCAAAAAAAAAAAAAAAUACAUAUAUUACAUAAUCUACUAUAUACAUAUAUACUGAGAAGCGCUUAAAUGUUGGCUUAUAUAAAUGUCUAUUCAAGAAUAUAUUACAAAACUAAACAAAAUAAUAAUCAAAACUAAAAAUGUGAAA